AUGAGCUUCACCGCUGUCGGCUCAUCCGCGUCCACAAGAGAGGCCACUGCACGGCGGAUCCUGUUCCUUCAAGACUCUCAAGCCCGUGAUGGGCUCGAUUCAACAGUCCGCUUGAUCAAUUCAAUUACCGAUCGAGGUCGGGCCACGGACUACAACCCCGGCCACAGUGUGCCACCUCCCGUUUUGGAGCUACCAGCCUGGCGGGCGCUGGAUGGGGCUGGACCAAGAGGACGCGCCAACACCGAGAUCAGCCAUGCCACGACUACUGUUUCUCUGCCUCUUUCGGCCCAAGGCUGCAUGCAUACGUCAGGCUCCAUCGGGUGCUUCUGCAAAAAAGCUGCACCUGUCACAUUGCGGUGUUGGUGCACAAUGUUCGGCGACUGCGAUCUCCACACCGAGGAGCUGAGUCGCAGACGCAGACUAUUGACUCCGCUAGACGCCCGCCCGCCUAGCCCUGCGCUCAGCUGA